AUGCUCCGCGUAUCGUCACCCUUCACUUCUCGCCUUAGUGUCCGCCAGCUACUUUUCUCAAGGAGAUCCUUAACCCAAUUUCACCGACUCUACACUUCCCAACCUCAACCCCAGCAUCAGCAUACAAAAUGCUGUUCGAAGAACGAGAAGGAGAAGGAGAAUGAGACUCAAAACUCUGUCCUCACACUAUCCUUCUGGUCAUCUAAAACAGGUUGGAAGCGCGCAGCUAUCAACACCCUGCGCUGUCUGGCGGGCUGCACACUAGGUGAUUUCUCGGCGCUGUGGGUGCUCCAAAGUUUCUAUGCGCAUUGGGGGAUGGGUGCUAUUAUGGGUGUUUCUAUGGCGAGUGGAAUCACCACGUCAAUUCUUCUGGAGACUAUCCUCCUCCGACGGGGAGCGGACAAACUCCCCUGGGGACUAGCAUUUCGAACUGCGACGGGUAUGAGUCUCGUCUCCAUGUUGGCCAUGGAGACGGUGCAGAAUCUGGUGGAUUUCCAUCUCACCGGAGGUGCGGUGCUGCUGGACGAUCCGCGGUUUUGGGCGGCUGCGCUGGUGUCGAUGGGUGCUGGGUUUUUGGCCCCAAUGCCGUAUAAUUAUUGGCGGUUGGUCAGGCAUGGGCAGAGUUGUCAUUGA